AUUCAUCUAUUGUAGAAACUGCAACGGUGUAAACUCGUAACCUCAAAUAUGUCUUUAGAGACGGUACCAAAAGAUUUAAGAGGCUUACGUGCCUGUUUAGUUUGUUCUUUAAUAAAGACAUUUGAUCAGUUUGAAUAUUAUGGAUGUGAUAACUGUGAUGAAUUUUUACGAAUGAAGAAUAAUAAAGACAAUGUUUAUGAUUGCACUAGUAAUAACUUUGAUGGGAUGAUUGCAGUUAUGAGUCCUGAAGAUAGCUGGGUUUGCAAAUGGCAACGGAUAAGUCGGUUUUGUAAAGGAGUAUAUGCAAUAUCUGUGUCUGGCCGUCUACCUGCUGGUGUGAUCAGAGAAAUGAAAAGCAGAGGCUAUGUGUACAGACCCAGAGAUACAAGUCAGAGAUAACUUAUAAUCUU